AUGGUAUCCCCAAUGCAAUUCCCAUUUGCAGAUACCCCUAGCAUAGUUCAAGCUCACCAAAAAGAUGAUUCUGUAGAAGGUUUGUUGCUUCAAAAGAUUCAAGAUGUUUUGAAAAGAGUUAAGGGACAACAGUUCACCAACAGAUAUGUCAAUGAAAUAGCAAUACUCAGCAAACUAGUGUAUCUCUCUACUACCACACUGCGCUAUAAGAGAACUUUAGGGGAAGAAUAUGCUGAUUUGACCUAUGUAAAUCGAAGGGGUCGUGGAAUUGUAAGGCUUCUACAAAGAAUUGGAUUCGUAAUUAGCUAUUGCGGGGUACCGUGGUUAUUAUCAAAGCUAUUCUAUCGUUAUAAACUCAAUGAAAGAGACCACGGUGUUUUUAAGUUAUUCAAUGGCAGAAGCUUCAAGGAUGUUUUGGAUGCAGCGUUGAAUUUACAUAUGAUUGCAUUUUAUUUAAGCGGAAAAUACUACGAUAUAUCGAAGAGAAUAUUCGGAAUGCGGUACGCGAUUGGGCAUGAAAUGAACAAGAAUGAGGUAGAGUUCAAGAAGAAGUCUUCGCAGAAUUAUAAGGUACUUGGAUUUAUUCUUGGGCUUCAGCUAGCGUCCAAAGUGCUACCUAGUAUAGCAAGACACCUUAGCGAUUUAAUCGGAAGUCGUAGUGAAGGCGGGCACAAUGACUUGAAAUCGAUGUCAAAGCAACAUAUACCGAAAGAUCUCAGCGACCCUACGGUACUGCCAUUUAUUGAAGAAGAAUCGAGAAAAUGCGUGCUUUGUUUAAACUAUAUGAUUGACCCUAGUGCAACUUCUUGUGGGCAUCUUUUCUGCUGGGACUGCAUAAUGGAGUGGACGUUGGAAAGACAAGAAUGUCCUCUCUGUAGACAAAGGUGUUUAAGACAACAGGUAAUUCCAGUAAGAUGA